GGGACGGGAAGAGCUAGAGAAGGAAACCUUGAAAUUUCUCUCUUCACCGCACCGAUAAUAAAUCUCCACUAACCCCCCCUUGACUUACAAUUAUUCUUCCAACAUUUCUUCGUCGAACUAUUCUUUGUUCGUGGUCCCUACGGUUGAGAAUUUCAGCACGCCUGCUGAUUUAUUUUCACUGUUGUCGUUGUCGUUGGCACUGACAUUGGCAUUAACAUUGGCAUUGAUGUCAAUGCGUUCCUAAGGUUUCCUAGGGAAACUCAUCGUCGUUUCGUUUCGUUGACUCCAAUUCUGUCACUAAACUAAAUAUCAACAACCCUCCAAGUCCAACUUUGGGGUAGCCCACCUUUCACUUCUCCCUUCUCGCUCCUCGCAUCUCACCUCAACAGCUUAACGACAUUUUUAACACGGUCUUCCCUAUAACUACCUAGACAGCUUGAGGCAAUUAUAUAAUUAAUUGCUAUAUAAAAUACGAGAAAAGAGCAUAAUAUUAGGAGGGAUAAGCAAUAGUUGUUCAGCGAUCAUCGCCAAAUGCCUUCGCGGUAGUACUAACAUGAUUGCUUCUUCCUUUCUUCCCUCCCGCUUUCGCGGUGAGCAACCACCAACCGAUACACCAAACCCACCGUCCAAGACGAACCAGAGAGUCACACCGAUCCUCCAGUUUUUCUCUAAGAUCGCUUGCCUGCACCCGAUCCAUACCAUCGUUAUCGUUUCUUUAAUAGCUAGCACCACCUACGUCGGCGUCGUUAAGGAGAGCCUCUUAGAUGUGACUAGAAGUGCGAGGACGGCCGAUUGGCCUUCACUAAUCGAGGGCAGCAGAAGCUUGCAGGCCGGCCCCGAAACUUCAUGGCGGUGGCAAAGCUUCGACUCCGAUUCAACUAUCCCAAAAGAUGCCGAUCACUUGGCCCUUGUUACUCUGGUCUUUCCGGAGUCAUCUGAAGAUGCGCCCCAGACUGCACCGUUGCCUCAUAUCGUCCCUCUCCCACAGAAUCUGAGCAUCUCGCAUCUGCCGUCUACCUCGAACUCCUUAAGUGCCUACUCCCAGGACAGCGCUUUGGCAUUCGCCGUCAAGUAUAGCGAGGCCGCGGAGUUCCUUGCAGCAGCACAGGAGAUCCCCAACGAUGUUCCUGGUCAAGAAUCGCGCGAAACCGAGUUAGGCAAGGAGGAGCAGAAGAUGUGGAUAAUGAAAGUCGCCAAGGGUUACACUAGAGGAAGUAUAGUACGAUGGAUUCACAAUGCCUGGACCGAGUUUCUCGACUUGAUAAAGAACGCUGAGACGCUAGAUAUCAUCAUUAUGGUCCUGGGAUAUCUGUCUAUGCACUUAACUUUCGUAUCGCUGUUCUUAUCCAUGAGAAAGAUGGGGUCGAACGUCUGGCUAGCCAUCAGCGUGCUUUUCUCGUCGACUUUUGCCUUUCUAUUCGGUCUUAACGUUACCACUAAGCUUGGCGUUCCGAUCAGCAUGGUCUUACUAUCCGAAGGGUUACCCUUCCUGGUUGUUACUAUCGGUUUCGAGAAGAAUAUCGCGCUAACCCGGGCUGUCCUGUCUCACGCGCUGGAGCACCGCAGGCCCGAAGAGAAGCAGACCAACGGUGGUAAAUCUGCCAAGUUCUUGACUCCCUCGGAUGGUAUUAUCCACUACGCCGUACAGCGCGCAAUCAAGGAUAAGGGUUACGAGAUUGUCCGUGAUUAUGUCAUAGAGAUUCUGAUUCUCGUUGCCGGAGCCGCCUCGGGCGUGCAAGGCGGCCUCCAACAGUUCUGCUUCUUGGCAGCCUGGAUACUCUUCUUCGACUGCAUCCUGCUCUUCACCUUCUAUACCGCUAUUCUAUGUAUUAAACUUGAAGUAAACCGCAUCAGGCGCCACGUGGAGCUGCGGCGGGCCUUGGAAGACGACGGUAUCAGUCGCCGCGUCGCUGAGAAUGUUGCUAAGAAUAAUGACUGGCCUAGGAGUGACGCCAAGGGCCAGGCUGAUGUGCCUCUCUUCGGUAGUGACCUCAGGAGUAACAGCGUCCCGAAAUUUAAGUUCUGGAUGGUUAUGGGGUUUAUUGCUAUCAAUGUCGCCAACCUCUGUACGAUCCCUUUUAGGACCACGGAGAUUUCCAACAUCUCUUCGUGGGCUACGGGCCUGGGAGGUGUCGUUAGUUCACCGCCUCUCGAUCCCUUCAAAGUUGCGUCCAACGGGCUUGACGAGAUACUUUACAACGCGAAGAAUCACUCUAAGCCGACUGUUGUUUCUGUCUUGACUCCCAUCAAGUACGAAUUAGAAUUUCCUUCCAUCCACUAUGCGGAGGCACCCCUACCCGUGAACAACGGGCACAAUGGUAAACGGGACAGCUAUCCUCAACUCAACGGCUAUGGGGUAGGUGGACGCAUGGUUGGUAGCCUUCUUACCAGUCUAGAAGACCCGAUCCUCUCGAAAUGGAUCGUGGUUGCUCUAGCCAUGAGCGUUGCACUUAAUGGUUAUCUAUUCAACGUGGCCAGAUGGGGUAUCAGGGAUCCGAACUUGCCGGACCAUCCUAUAGACCCGAAGGAGCUCGCAGAAGCCGAGCGAUUCAACGAUACGCAGUCCGCAACGCUGCCCCUCGGCGAGAUCCUACCGAAGCAGUCGCAGUCGCAGUCAAUGCCUGAGAGUGAGAGACCUAUCACUCCCGCUUAUACCGAUGAUGAGAGUAUCAGCCUGCCUCCCCCAGCUACCCGGUCAGCGUCACUAGCGGCUCAGAGGACACAGACCGAGCUAGACAGGAUAUUAUCCGAGAAGAGGGCACACGAACUAACUGAUGAGGAGAUUGUUGCUGUAUCGCUGAAAGGCAAGAUCCCUGGUUAUGCAUUGGAGAAGACCCUCAAGGAUUGCACGCGGGCUGUGAAAGUUCGUCGAAGUAUCAUCGCAAGGACCAGAGCGACGGCAGACCUUACAGGCUUAUUAGACCAGUCCAAGUUGCCAUACGAGAACUACAACUGGGAGCAAGUGCUUGGUGCCUGCUGUGAGAACGUUAUUGGUUAUAUGCCUAUUCCCGUCGGUGUAGCCGGACCGCUCGUCAUCGACGGUAAAAGCUACUUUAUUCCUAUGGCGACUACUGAAGGUGUGCUCGUCGCUAGUACAAGUCGCGGCUGCAAGGCUAUCAACUCUGGCGGAGGUGCCAUUACGGUUUUGACGAGCGAUGGAAUGACUCGAGGACCAUGCGUACAAUUCGAGACUCUCGAACGUGCCGGCGCUGCGAAGCUCUGGAUCGAUUCCGAGGCAGGUCAGGCUGUGAUGAAGAAGGCAUUCGAUUCAACUUCGAGGUUCGCUCGAUUGCAGACGAUGAAGACGGCCCUUGCUGGAACCAAUCUCUUCAUCCGGUUCAAGACGACGACCGGCGACGCCAUGGGGAUGAACAUGAUCUCCAAGGGUGUUGAACACGCAUUGAAUGUUAUGGCUACCGAGGGCGGGUUUAGCGAUAUGUCUAUCGUGUCGCUGUCUGGAAACUACUGUAUCGAUAAGAAGGCUUCCGCAAUCAACUGGAUCGAUGGCCGAGGUAAGGGUGUUGUCGCCGAAGCCAUCAUCCCAGGCGACGUAGUCAAGGCGGUACUGAAAAGCGACGUGGAUAGUCUCGUCGAGCUUAACAUCGCAAAGAACUUUAUCGGGUCUGCUAUGGCUGGUGCGAUGGGCGGUUUCAAUGCUCACGCAGCCAACAUAGUGGCGGCCGUUUUCAUCGCUACCGGACAGGACCCGGCGCAAGUCAUAGAGAGUUCGAAUUGUAUCACCAUCAUGAAAAACCUACGCGGGUCUCUUCAAAUCUCGGUCUCUAUGCCGUCGAUUGAAGUUGGCACGAUCGGCGGCGGCACUAUCUUGGAGCCUCAGAGCGCCAUGCUCGACAUGCUUGGUGUUAGGGGACCUCACCCGACAAACCCUGGAGACAAUGCGGCGCGUCUAGCUCGUAUAGUUGGCGCGGCAGUCCUUGCGGGAGAGCUUUCCCUCUGCAGUGCUCUCGCUGCCGGCCAUCUAGUCAAGGCGCACAUGGCGCACAACCGUUCGGCUCCCCCAACCCGGAGUACCACGCCGGCCCCAGUUGCCAGUGGUGCAAUGACACCUGUUGGAUUAACUAUGACGAGCUCAAAGAGUUCUGCAGCUCUUGAUCGGGCUGCGGCAUCGAGACGUUAAAUGAUAGCCCAUCCGUUUCGUAUGAUUAAUCAAUUUACGGGGUAUUGGAGGUUUUUUAAAGAAGAUGCGCUCCUUAGAGAGCAUAAUGAUGCAUCGAGCUAGGCGUUCAGCGAAGUUACGUUUAGGUAUAUGUGUCUUGCAAAAUAUGAGAUGUCAUGCGGAUGGGUGGUUGACAGAGGCAUUCAACCAAGUUACCUAAUUAGGGCGCCGUGUUCUACGAAGUUUAGAUUCUCUUUUACUCGGCCAGGAAAAGAGAGAUGACGGAUGGAGAUGACCAGCUAGGCAAUGCGGCACCAGCAAGUCACUGCCUACACGAGGUCGGCACGGGUU